AUGGGGAACCCGGAAAUCGAGAACAACUGCACCCUGUACAUUUGUACAGACAACUGCGAAACCCCAUCCAUUAGCGAAAUCCAGAAAAAGUUAGAAAGCCAAAAUGUAGAAAAAAAAAUAGAAGGCAUGGAACAUCUUAUAUUUAACAUCAUCCAAGGAGAGCCAUAUGGAAAUAUGCUUAUGUGUGUCAUCAGGUUUAUAGUUCCCCAUAAGGAUCAUCGGCUGAAGAAGCUGAGCCACAUAUUUUUUGAGGUUGUGGACAAAUGUAAAAGUGAUGGUAGCUUAAAGGAAGAAAUGCUUCUCGUAUGUAAUGCCUUGAGGAAUGAUAUUAUAUCCCCAAAUGAGUACGUGAGGGGUUCGACACUGAGACUGUUAAGCAAAAUUAAGAACCUGAAAAUUAUUGAACCUUUAAUAGAAGCCAUUACAAAAAACCUGAACCAUCGACAUAGCUAUGUUAGGAAGAAUGCCAUCAGCUGUAUCCACACGAUUAUAAAGGAACAUGGAAGUGAUGUGAUUCCAAACUCGGUUAAAGAAGUGGAGAAAAUAUUAUUUUUGGAAAAUGAUAUAUCGACCAAACGUAGUGCACUAUCUAUGUUAAUUGAUGUCGACCCAAUGACUACAUUAAAAUAUAUUCUCUCGCUAAAUGAUCAGUUGUAUGACACUGCUGAUGUGAUACUGCUUGAAGUUAUUCACCUAUUUAAGAAGCUAUAUAUUCCCCACGUGUUUGAUAACUCAUAUUUGUCGAUAAAUGAUGAGGAUGAGGAAAACGAUGAGGACAAGGGCAUUCGCAGUGGAAUUGGGCCUAUUCCCUCUAUAAGCCCCAUGACCGGUGGGCCUCUUCCUGACGGAGGUAAUGAAGCAGAGGAAGAAAAUCCAGAUGGGUGUGAGUCCGAUGGGGAAGUAGAUAUCUUCGCAUAUCUACUCUCCGGAGAUGAGAUCCCAUUUCAUCAGGGAGAUGUACCCACGGGGAAGAGAACCAGGAAUAUUACUGGUGUAGAUGAAAAGAUUGGUAGUAACUUCCUUAGUGUGAGUACCCCAGGCGUAGCGACCAAUUACAAAGAUGAAACAAGCGGAGGAAUGCUAAACGUGCUAAGUGAAGAAAUACAAUUUAGGAAGAACAGGUUAAACGAAAGUGAUUACAGUCAAUACAAAAAUAACGUUGUUAAAAUUCUCCUUAACAUGAUGAACAAGAAUGUGAGCAACAGUGUGUUGUAUGAGGGUGCCUGUUGUUUGCUUUAUAUGAGUACCUCGGAGGUUAGUAUAAAAACGGCAAGCGAGUGUUUUAUCAAGUUAUUAAUUAAUCAACACGAUAACAACAUCAAAUUGAUUGUAAUUGAUAGGCUAUAUUAUAUCAUGUGUAAGUGGAAGAAGGUGCUGGAAAAUUAUGUAAUGGAUUUAUUGAGGGCAUUAAACUUCCCGUCCAGGGAUAUAAGGGUAAAAAUAUUAAACCUGGUACUACACAUAUUGAGCAGUAGGAAUGUGCACUUAGUGUUGGGCGUUCUGAAAAAGGAGCUCCUGAAGCUUAACAGCACAGUUAUGUAUAGUAAGAACGUUUUUGCGAGUGGGGGUGGUAACACGAGUGCGGUGGUAGGUUCCUCCGGCGGAGGUGCCAACAGUGGUGGGGCAACCUCUCCAAAUGCACUUCCCAACACCACUAUGAGCAACACAGGAGAGACCAGCUCUCUCAGUAAUAACCUCUCCACGAAUUAUCAGGAAGUUAUUAGUUACAAAAAAAUACUACUCAAGUCGAUACAACACAUAUGUAAUAUGUUUUCCAACGAGUGUCUAAACAUGGUAGACUUACUACUGACAUACGUGAAUGAUGAAGAGAAGGAAAUAAAUUACGAAGCGGCGGUAUGUAUAAGGAAACUAGCGAAUAAUCCCUUUUUGCAGAGUAUCAUUUUGCAAAAAAUUGUGGACGCCAUAUUUGAUGUGAAGAAGCCACAUAUCCUCAGGAUAUUUUUUUGGGUCCUGGGACAAUACAUGCAUGGAGAAGAAGUUAUUUUGCAAUUCAUGAAGAAAUUAUAUGUGCACCUUGUUCCUCUGCUUGGUAGUAAUAUGGAGUCGGAUAUUAUUAGCAGGUUACAGAGUGAGAAGUUUAAAAAGAACAAAAUGGCGGUGAACUUUAACGCGAAUUCUUCAUCUGCCAGUCCUGCUAUACAAGCCAAAACGGUCGUGUUGGAAGAUGGAACAUACGCUACGGAGGCAGUGUGGAAAAGCCAGACUGCAUCAUCAGGGGAGGAUACCCCCGGUGAGUUAAACUCCUUUGCUUAUAAUUUAGUUUCUGAGAAUGACGAUUUAUUGUUGUCUGUUUUGUGCGUAUGUGUUACGAAGUUGUAUUUAAAAUUGGUGGCAACGGUGGGAGGGGAAGUCUUCCGCUUUUUGGGUUCGUAUUUUGUGAAGCCUCCCGUGGGGUGCCACUCAGAUGAAGGAAGCGCCGCAAACGGAAAUGCCCAAAACGGAAAUGCCACAAACGGAAAUGUCACAAACGGAAAUGCCAGCGUGAACGAAUUUCGGAAUAAAGGAAUGUACAUCCUCGCCAGUAUGGUUAAGUACCUGGGGCAGAAGAACGCAAAGAAGAGCUCUGUUGAUGUUCACUACAACGACAGCAACGUGGUUAGGGUUAGCCACUGCCUCAAAAUAUUUCUCCAUAUCACAUGCAACAUGAGUACCAUGGAUGACUCCACAAAGAAACUCAUCUUGACCUUCCUCAGUGGGAAUGAGUACUACCAGAAGUUCCUUCAGAAGGAGGAGGAAAAGUAUAGCAGUAUUUACAGUUCCAGUUAUAGGCAAAUACGGGCGGGUGGAGGUGCUUUUCCCCAAGGGGAGGACGAGAACGAUGCAGAUAAUCUCGGACAAGGAUCGAUGGAAAUAUCCAAAGGAGUGACCACCCUACCUCCUCAAACUGAACCAAAUGAAAACAAGGAGAGUGUAGAUGAUGAAAUAUACUUCCGUAUUCUCAAGGAAAAAAAAAAUGUUCUGAAUAUCCUGGACGAGAGAUCUGUAGAGAUGGACGAAAGAGCUGUAUUAAUGGAUGAAAAAUUGGAUAAGCUAAAAUUGAAGUAUACCCUUAGCAACGACAUUCUUUUUGAGGAAAACGAGUUUAAGUUACCCACGUUUAAGCAUAAUUAUUCCUCCCUUUUCAUGGCAAAAUUGUAUAACUCGCAAAGACUAACAGGAAUAGAUGAUGAUAUUUUCAUUGAGGCUGUCCCGAUAGUUUCAAAUAUCAACCUCAUUGUAGAGUUGUAUGUUUACAACCAGUCGGGUGCUUAUUUACAGAACAUUUUCAUUAGCCUAUCGACUCAUGGGAAUUUAAAACCAAUUGAUAAGAUCCCUGAGUUUAACUUGGGUCCAAAUGAGAAGAGGAAGUUUAAGAUCACCGUGAAGGUACACACGACUGAGACGGGGAUUAUCUUCGGUUAUGUGUUUUAUGAGAGGAAGAAUGAAAAUAAGAAGAAUUACAUCGUGCUUAGCGAGCUGAACAUUAACAUGACCGACUACAUCAAUGCAUCCUUCAUUUCGUCGCACCUGUUCCGCAUCAUGUGGUCUGAAUUCGAAUGGGAAAACAAGAUCAACAUUAAUACUUCCAUCAGGGACGCCUUCGAACUUUUGAAGCUCAUCAUUAAGCAAACGAACAUGACCAUCGUGGAGAAGUUCAUGCCACUGGAGUUUUAUGAGAAGGAAACCAAGAACAGAACGGGGCAAGCCAACAUAUCCCCCAUCGAUAUUUAUAUUUCUUACAUUUCUAGCUUAGAGGACCUAAAAUGCCUUGUCAACAAUUCAGCCUUCUUUGCAGUUAACCUAUUCUCGCGUAGCAUUUUCGGGGAAGACUCCCUAGCGAACUUGUCCGUACAGAAGAACCCAGACGGCCGCCUCUCGGGGAGUAUCCGCGUUCGUAGCCGCACUCAGGGAAUUGCCCUCAGCUUGGGAGAUAAAAUUACACUCGUUCAAACAGGCCUUAGUAUGGAGACGCACUGA